CGCCAUCCACCGGAAAGUAGGCAUGAGGAAGAAGUUAGAAGAUUAUCGAAAGAACAAGGUCGAAUACCUGAAGGAAAUCUCCAUUGAGGUACUAGAAGAAUUCUGUGAACGUGACAACCUUACAAGCAUUGUACAGGACCAGUUCGACGACAUUGACUUCUGUCUGUUAAAACUGCGCAGUUUGGUGCCCCGUAUCAUCGCAGCCGAUGCCAACCUGAUGGAGAGUGUGAAACGAGACCGGGCCAUGGCAACAUUCGAGAAGGACACGUACACUAAAUUGUUCCGUAUAUGCCACAAACUACAGGGCAAGCUGAACCUUUUCCACAUCGAAAGAAUACGGGAGUUUGAGUUCGAUUUCAACGAUCUCCAAGGCUGGAACCCAAUGUCGGCCAUCGCCAGUGGCAGCUUUGCCGAUGUAUACCAUGCCAGUCUGCGGAGACGUGAUGAUGUAGUGCAGAUCGCUUUAAAGGUGUUCAGAGAACAUGUGACACCAGAUACCGUGAAUGACUAUCUCACGGAAGAAACCGCUCUCAGAAAACUGGCAAGCCCUUACGUGGUGGAAUUCCAUGGUUCUGCCUUCAGCACUAAACCACGCAAACAAUUAGCAAUGGCCUUCGAGCUCUGUGUGGGACUCAAAGACUUUAUUUUCAGCUUCGACGACCGAAUUCCAGCCAAACAUGAACCAUGCACCAAAAGCAGGGAAAUUGCGUUUAACUUCAUGAAAGAUUUUUCCAAACAGCUCACAAGGGCACUGGCGUUCGUCCAUGAGAAAGGGUUUAUUCACAGAGAUAUGAAAAUUGACAACAUAUUGGUGGACAACCAGAACAGGGUAAAGCUAGCUGAUUUGGGGUUGACCAAGAGAGACCAAGACAUCACGCAUAGUUUCGUCGGCUCCGUCUAUUACAUGCCGCCGGAGAUGUUAACAGCUAAGAAGUACAACUACAAGGCCGACAUCUACUCGCUCGGUCUGAUCUUCUGGGAGAUGUGGUACGGUGAGUACGCGUACGAAGAUGAAGACAGCAGCAUGCUUGAAUUCAUCAAUAAAAUCAAGGACAAUUACAGGCCGGAUCUGAAGAAGCCAAAUCAACCGUCUUAUGACAUGUGUGAGUUGAUUAAACGGUGUUGGCACCAAGACCCAGAUAGACGUCCAACGGCUCCGGAAUGUCUCGAGGCCGUUGAACGUGUGAAAGACUGAUUUAUACCUCUUCCUGGCAUUCAAUAA